AUCCUCUUUGGUGAUUUGAUGAAUGAUUAACUUCUAAGAUCAAUUUGCUCACCAAUUUCAUCCAGGGGAAUUGGACAAGGACAUUCAAAGCUUGGGUCGCCCAAGCUUAUGCAGACAUGAUUCAUCUAGGCAUUUUCUUAUUUUUGAUGCUGUACGGAUCAGGUCUGGCUCAGGACCAAACCUACGUCAUUUCGGCCCCUAAAUUUAUCCGCGCUGGAGCCUCUGAGCAAGUGGUAAUUCAAGCCUAUGGAUACACCGAAGAAUUCUCGGUCACCAUCUCGAUUAAAAGUUACCCAGAUAAAACAAUGACAUACGCCUUUGGUACCGUCCAGCUGACUCCAGCCAAUCGUUUCCAGGGCUCCGUAACUUUAACGGUGCAGCCAAAGGAUUUAAGGACCGGUGAUCCCCAGAAACAGGUGGAAUCUAUAUACCUCGAAGCAGCUUCGCCCCACUUUACAAGACAGAAGAAGAUGCUGCUAACUUACGAUAAUGGAUUUUUAUUCAUUCAGACCGACAAGCCUAUUUACACUCCCGAUCAAUCAGUGAAAGUCCGAGUCUAUUCGCUGAAUGAAGAACUGAGGCCGGCUCGGCGUGCAGCUGUCUUAACUUUUGUGGAUCCAGGUGAGGUAGAAGUGGACAUCAUACGGGAAGAUGACGCUACAGGAAUCAUCUCGUUUCCCGAAUUCAAAAUUCCUCCCUAUCCCAAGUUUGGUGUUUGGACCAUUAAAGCCAAGUAUGAUAAAGAAUUCACAACCUCUGCCGUAGCGCAAUUUCAAGUCAAAGAAUAUGCCAUGCCAAGAUUUUCUGUCGAAAUUAUUCCAGAAAACAGCUUUAUUAGCUCCCAGCACUUUGAACGCUUCAAGAUUACUAUCCAAGCUCAGUAUUUUUACAAGAAGAAACUGAGCGAAGCAGAAGUUUACGUCCGCUUUGGAAUCGUUGAAGGAGCCAGAAAGACCAUGUUGCCCAAAUCGUUGCGUCUCGUUCACAUGGAGGAUGGCGUCGCAAUACUUUAUUUAAACAGCAAAGACGCUCUCCAUGAAAUGGGGUACAGCGACCUUUCAGAGGUGGAUGGGGCCACCCUCUAUAUCGCAGCCUCCGUGCUGGAAACUGGAGGUGGCCACAGCGAGGACGGUGAGCUAACCACGGUGAAGUACGCCUUGUCUCCUUACAAGUUGGAUCUGAUUGCCACGCCUCUUUUUAUGAAACCCGGGCUUCCUUAUUUUAUUAAGGCACGGGUGAGGAAUAUGUUGGACGUAUCAGUUGGCAACGUUCCUGUGCUCCUGACGGCUAUCGCCUUCAACGACCAAAUGGAAGAGACCAAAUUAAUUCAAGAAGGCUCCGAGUUCGGGUCUGGCGUAACCAGUUCAAGAGAUGGGACCACCAUCUUUACAGUUACCAUUCCUUCCGACGCCAAAGUGCUGGAGUUCAAAAUAACAACGGCAGAUCCUUCUUUAUCAGAAGAGAACCAGGCCAGAGAAACCUACGAAGCAAAAUCCUAUAUUUCUCUCAACGGAAACUAUCUCUAUAUUGACUGGGCAUCAGACUACAGAGUCUUACAGGUCGGAGAGAGCUUGCAGAUCAAAGUAUACCCAGCAAGCCAUUAUAUCGAUAAAAUACUACACUAUAGCUACCUGAUCUUAUCCAGAGGGAAAAUAAUCAGUUACGGGACUCAGGAGAAGAUCAAAGGCCUGUCUUAUCAAGGCCUGACCCUGCAUAUCACUGAAGAAAUGGUCCCUUCAGCCCGUCUUCUGGUCUACUACAUCGUUACGGGGGAAGGAACCGCGGAAUUAGUAGCCGAUUCAGUCUGGCUAAACGUGCAGCAAAAAUGCGGCAACAACCUCGAGGUCCGCAUCCUGAAGAACGGGAGAGUUUACCGACCCGGAGAAACCGUGUCACUUUCCAUGACCUCCGAGUCUCACUCUCUAGUAGCCCUCUCAGCCCUGGACAAAGCCAUUUACGGAGUGACGGGAUCCAAGCAGAGACCCAUGGAAAAAGCUCUCCUGAAACUGGAAAAGAGUGACCUGGGUUGUGGAGCUGGAGGAGGAGAGAACAACGUGGAUGUGUUCCGCAUGGCUGGUCUUACUUUUCUCACCAAUGCCAAUGCUGACGACUCCAGAGAAAAAGAUGAAACUUGCACGGCCGUCAUCAGAAGUGCCCGCUCCCUCAAAGAGGACAUCGAAAAACAAGGUAUUUGUGUGGCUGACACCCUGGAAGUGGAAGUCGUUAAAGAGGUCUUUGUGAACGUCCAUCUUCCAUACUCCGUUGUCCGGGGAGAGCAAAUAGAAUUAAAAGCCACCAUUUACAAUUACAGACCGUUAAGGGCUAAGUAUUGUCUGAAGCUCAGCGUGCAAAAAGGGAUCUGCCUCUUUGGUGCUGCCAAAACCCUGGAGGACGGCUCUCAAUUCCACACCUGCUCUCACCCGAAAGAUAUCCAGAGCUCUUCGAUGGCGGUGGAGUCGUUUAAAGUUCUCCCUCUUGAGUUAGGCCUUCUCAGCGUCAACCUCACGCUUCACAGUGAUGCGGGAAAAGAAGUGCUCGUGAAGACCUUGAGAGUUGUGCCCGAAGGCGUUCGAAGGGAGAGUUAUGACGGUGGCACGCUGGAUCCCCAAGGGGUUUAUGGUACAGUCGUGAGACAGAAAGAAUUCGCCCACAAGGUGCCGCGCUACAUCGUCCCCAAGACGCAACUCGAAAAAACCCUCAGUAUAAAAGGCAACCUGCUGGGGGACGUGAUCCAGGCUGCCGUGAAGCCCGAGGCGCUGAGGUUACUCACCAACCUCCCCCAAGGCAGCGCAGAAACGGAACUGAUGAACGUUGUCCCGGUGUUUUAUGUGUAUGAUUACCUGGAAAGGUCCAACGCCUGGGAGAUCUUUGGCUCGGGCAGAACCAGCGCGGAAAUUACCAUGUUGAGGAAGAUGAAGAGAGGAAUCAUCAGCGUUCUGUCUUUUCAAACACAAAAUUACUCUUACAGCAUGUGGAAGGAUGGCGAAGCCAGCACCUGGAUUACAGCAUUUAUCCUAAAAGUUUUUGGACAAGUUCGGCGAUAUAUGCCUGAUCAGUUUGGCACGGCGUGUAAGUCUCUGACUUGGUUGGUUGACAUCUGUCAAAUGGAUGACGGAUCUUUCAGGGAAGCCUCAGAUUACAAGCCAGUAGCCCUUCAGGGCACAUUACGUGAUCAGCAGAAAGAAAACAGUCUGUACCUAACAGCCUUCACCUUGAUGGCCUUUUCAGACUAUAAAAAAGCCUGUCCAUUGCAGAAAUUUGCAGACGCUGAAAACCGAGCGGUCAAUUAUUUGUUGCAAAACAUUGCAAGCUCGCAAAACACCUUUGUCUUGGCCAUCGUGACUUACGCUCUAACUCAAGAAAAGGUCAAUCACCCUGACCUUCAUUCGGCCUACCUUCGCUUGAAGAACGAAGCUCAGGUGAAAGGGAACCCCCCAAUCUACCGUUUCUGGAAAGAGACCCCUGUCAAAUUCGAUGCAAGCAUUCCUUCUAAGGGCAACGCCAAGAUGGUUGAAACCACUGCCUAUGCCUUGCUGUCCAUUUUGCAGAAAGGAGAUCACAAUUACGUCAAACCGGUCAUGAAAUGGUUGACCGAAGAGCAGAGAUUUGGGGGUGGAUUUUACUCGACCCAGGAUACAAUCAUCGCUUUGGAGUGCCUGACCGAAUAUUCCAUCCUUAUUAGACGGCUUGAGCUGGACAUGAACAUCAAAGCGUCUUAUAAGUCUCGUGGAGAUUUCCACACGUACAGGCUCACAAGUAGCAAUUACAUCGGCAAGCCUGUGGAUGCAUCCUUGAGUGACGAUAUAGAAGUACGCACGGGAAGCAACACUGGAACAGCCGCUGUGACUCUGAGGAGCGUGUAUUAUGUAAGCAGCAUUUCUGAGGACACUUGUGACUUUCAGCUGAAGAUUGAUGUCACGCUAGAUGAAAAGAAGUACUAUCUGUCCUUCAAUGAAAUCCGGCUUUUGGUCGCCUGCGCAAA